CUCUGGUUCUGUCGUCGGGUCGACCCGCAAGGAAGGGGGUCUUUGUUUGCGUUUCACGUUCGCGUCGCACGGUAUCAUCUGUGACGGUCCUAUCGCAUCGUGUCCGAGACGGAAUGUGUCCGCAUAAGUGGAAGCGUGGUUUUCACUCGUCGCGGUCUAUGUGAAAUGUCGUGCAGUGCCCCAGGGUGGCUCCGUCUAACAGUGCAAGUGCAGUGAGGUGCAGUGGUGUGUACGAGCGAGCGUGGGUCGGUUUGGCCACGGCGAGCGAGGUGCGCGGAGGUGGCGGCGGCCGUUCGGCCAUGACCGGCGACAUGCCUCUAGGGAGCGCGCACGCGUUCGGGCGCGCGUUGCUCCGGGACGGGGCACUGCCGCCGCUGGAGCCCGGUCCUCCCGCUCCAACGGCGGCCAACGCGCAGCCGCCUGACAAGCGCCCACCGGCUGCUGCCGCUAGCCCUGAGCAGGUCAUGAAGCUCUAUAUGAACAAACUCACCCCGUAUGAACACCGUGAGAUAUUAAACUACCCCCAAGUGUACUUCAUAGGCGCGAACGCUAAGAAACGUCCCGGUCUCGUCGGUUUUCCGAACAAUUGCGAGUAUGACAACGAGCAGGGUUCCUACAUUCACAUACCACACGACCACAUAGCUUACCGAUACGAGGUACUCAAGGUUAUAGGAAAGGGCAGUUUUGGCCAAGUGGUGAAAGCCUACGAUCAUAAAAAGCGCGAGAAUGUCGCUCUAAAGAUGGUACGGAACGAGAAGCGGUUCCAUCGUCAGGCGCAAGAGGAGAUUCGUAUCCUAGAACACCUCCGCGAACAAGACCAGGACAAUACGAUGAAUGUGAUCCACAUGUUCGAUUCCUUCACGUUCAGGAAUCACACAUGCAUCACCUUCGAACUUCUUUCGAUCAACCUGUACGAGCUUAUAAAAAAGAACAAGUUCCACGGGUUCUCCUUGCAGCUGGUACGCAAAUUCUCGCAUAGCCUGCUCCAAUGCCUGCACGCACUCAACAAGAACCGGAUCAUUCACUGCGACAUGAAACCUGAAAACGUUUUGCUGAAGCAACAAGGACGCUCUGGAAUCAAGGUGAUAGACUUCGGCAGUUCAUGUUACGAACACCAGCGCGUUUACACGUAUAUACAGUCGAGGUUCUACCGCGCUCCCGAAGUGAUGAUGGGCGCGAAGUAUGGCAUGCCGAUCGAUAUGUGGUCUCUCGGGUGUAUAUUGGCGGAACUACUCACAGGUUUUCCCCUAUUACCCGGCGAGGAUGAGGCUGAUCAAAUGGCGUGCAUCAUAGAAUUACUCGGAAUGCCUCCCCAGAGGCUCAUAGAACAGGGAAAGCGAUCGAAAAACUUCAUAAGUAGCAAAGGACUGCCGCGGUACUGUACGGCGUCCACGCUCGCAGACGGAACUACAGUCCUCAGUGGUGGUAUGUCGAGGAGAGGCAAGCCACGAGGUCUCCCAGGCUCUAAGAGCUUCGUAACGGCACUCAAGGGUUGCCAGGACAAAUACUUCAUCGACUUUAUUAGACGGUGCCUGGAAUGGGAACCCGAGAAGCGCCUAACGCCGGUGCAGGCGCUGCGACACGCGUGGCUGCGCCGGCGCCUGCCGCGGCCGCCGCACGACGAGGAGCCCGCGCCCGCGCCCCCCGCCCCCGCCAACGUUAGUAUCGCGCACCACGUCAAGCGCCUCGCGCAGACCAAGUGCAAUGAUAAAUAGGCGGGCGGGGCGGGCUGCGGCGCGACGUGCGGCGCGCGCGGCGGCUCGCUGCGCACACCGCUGGCGCGCACUCCCGUCACCUUCAACUCGUCGCAAGUCGCCAAAGCAAAAUUACAAGCCGCACUAUCAGAGGACAGCAGUGGCAUGAGUGGAUCGGUGGGAGGCGUAGGGGGGCGCUACUGGACGGCGAGCAAGUUGCCGCACCUCCCGGCGCCUUCCUAGCGCCCGCCUUCCGUGCGUCGCCUUGCCAAGGUCUCAUCCCUGGAGGCUCCUCGGCGAGCUGGCGUCGUCGGCGCGCGCCUCGAGCUCGAGCGACGCAGCCUCGACCUCGAGCGCGAGCUGCGCGCCGACCGCGACUCCGACGCGUCGCUCGACGACCGCGACCACCUCGUCUGAUCGCGCUCCCCGCCGGCGCGCCGCCGCCCGCGCGCCCCCGCCCCGCGCGCCCCCGCCCCGCGCCGGUGACCGCGCGCCCGCCUGGGGCGAGGUCACCUACCGCUGCGGACACACCGCCCGCCUGCGCCUCGACCGCGAAACCCGUGACGUCUAUCGUCCCAGCAGAAAUACUGUUCGUUCGAAUUUCAAAACUGGGCAGCGCCAUGAGAAUAUUGAGUUGGAACGGUUCCACGAGUACCGUGCUGCUGACGUGCAAACUGCAGAAUAUGUAAAUGCCAGGAAACGUUUCGCUAAACACCGUGCUAAUACGUCAGAUUUGUCGUCGUCCGAUAGCAGGAGCGACAUAAACGUUAGAAGGUACAGCCUCAAUCUUAGUGAUCUUAGCUCCGAAGCUGAGCGGUACCGAAGAAGCGACGGGCGUACUUCUUGCUGGAGUCUUUCGAAUCUGAGUGCAUGUUCCUGUCAUGAACGACACGCUGAAGUACAAUGUAGCGCUCACAGACCAAUUAAAUCAGCAGAUAGUAUUCGAAAGCUACAAAAGGACAGCAGUCUGUCUGCUAGGGACACGCCCCAACCUUCUACUUCUAGCUCUCGCUUACUGGGAAGUCUAAACAGUGUUAUUUGCUGUCAGCCUCGAGAGAGUAAAGAUCAAUUUACAGUAGAAAACACCGGUAGAGAUGCAAGUGAGGAUGACUCCAAUUCAAGAAGAAAUAGUGUUGUACAUUGGACUAACUCUGUAGACAAUCGUGUCUGCUGUACCGAAACAUUUCUAUACGGCGCUGUCUUCGGUCUCAAAUGCUUAAAAUAGCACAGAUACAAAAGUGAAACAUAAUGCAGUCUGCGGUGGUGUGGUGAUAUAUCGGAAAUCGUUGGUGGAUAUAUUGGGUCUGGUGUCGAACAAAUGUGAUAACAAUACUGUGUAGUGUCGGCAACAAUCCCCGCUAUUGCCUUAUAACGCGUCUUUAGUAUUUCAGUGUCGACGAUGCUUUGUACAGAUUAAAUAUACCCUACACUGCCUAGCGCCUAUGACUUCUAAAAAGUUUUAGAUAUCGUAGACUUUAUUACGUACGCUUUAAGAUCGAAUAUUGCAUUUAAAAUUUUAUAUUAAACGUCUUAACAUUUAGUGUAAAUUACUAUCGGAAUAUGUAAUGAUGCAAUAAGCUUUAUACAUCGAAUGAUUGGAAGUGUAUUCUACAGUUAUAUUAUAAAUGUUUCGAUUCUCUUCAAUCGACACAGCGCAAGAGAAUAGACCAAUCUGUGUCAUUUGAACGGAAUCAUGUAAUUUACGUUCAUAAAGGCUCAUGUUCCUAAGUGUUUAAUCAAUAUUUUGUCGCUUAUAAAGCAAUAGUGGGGCAAUAAGGAACAAAUUCGCUUGGCGGCGAGCGUCCAAAUGAAUCUAGUGCAUAGAGGCAAAAUUGAUCUCAAUAAAUAAAUAAAGACUACAAAAUCGUAUAUUAUAUACGGACAUCUAGUGGAAUUGUGCGAGUAACGUGUUUUACUGUUUUCUAUGUAUUAUACAUGUAACGUAAGGACGUUUGUGAUUCGAUCGUGUCGAUGUUAGUGCCUGCUAAGUCUUGUUUAGUGUUAGGAAACCUCGACCACUGUUUAAGGGAACUCUUUGAACAUUUUACCGAAAAACGACUUGUAAUUUCGAGAGGUGAAUUUUUUUUUUUUCGCCGCUCACAGUCACGCUUCGAUUUGAACGUGCGUUGUGAAAAUUCGUAGAAUCUUGUCGCGUUUAACGCAAGAUUUUAACUGAAUUUUGUUUUUGAUGACACGCGUGUUUGUGCGCUCGUUUCAGUUCGUCGAGGCCAUGGAACGUUAAUAAUUUUUUUUUUAUAUUCAUUUAAAAAUUCUCUCUCGAAAACCGUAGUUUAAGCUAUUAUGUGUGUGAAUUAAAUAACGAUUUUCUACAACAAUUAUUAUUUUUCGUUUUCUAAUUUUAAUUUUACGAUAUGACUUAAGUCUUUAAUAAGUUAAUCUCUCAAGUGAUAUAGUGUCGUUGUACUCGUGAUCGGUGAACUUAUAUUCGGAGUUCUAAAAGGAUUUAAGGUUAGUUAGUCGCAAGGCCUUUUAUAUGUAGUUGAGGAAACUGCGAUUAAUUUGGUGGAUAAUAGUAUAAAGGAUGUGAUGGGUUGAAAUGAUUUAUACAGUGGAUAGAAGCGCUUACAUUCGCACACAGCUGUUACAUAAAAUUGAACUUUAUUACGAAAUAUUAAAGUACAUAAUCAUUCGGUUACAUUAUUUAAAAAAAAAUUGUUCCUUUAUUGUAAAACAUAUCAGUCCAGUUUUCAUGCACUAUAACAAUACUACCGAAUGUAUUGAUAACAACGUGCAAUCUAAUUUAGCAGCGUUAUAUCCCUUGAAACAUCUCAGUGCAAUAAUUUCGACUCGUUCAACGUCUCGUUUUUUUUUUGUCUUCCUGAAUGUUUGUAAUUUUUACAAAGGCCUAUAUUAUCUGUAUGCAUUUUAUUUUUCAUAUAGUUUAUAGAUAAUUGAAUAUGUAUGUAAUUACAUAAAUUAUAUUAAUUUCAAUGAAAUGCACAUUAUGAGUUAAUGCGGACGGUCAUUGCGCAACUCGUGGUAAACAUGGUUUUUAAUAAUAUUUUUUUUUUUUUUAGUUAUAAAGAAAUUCGUUCACAGAAUUAAUGUAUAGUGACUAAGAUGAAAGGAUAAUAAAUACUUUUUUAGUUGUAAAAACUUGCGCGUACUGUUUGAUUUGGUCAUAAAUAAAAGUCGAAUAUAUGUAGAGAAUUGUUUUAAAUUUAAUAGUUGAAUAAUCAUUGAAUUUUUAUUUCAUUGACUGUAAACUAUACUCGACAUGGCAUUUUUUUUUUGGCUACUUUUAUUAAGUUGACUGCCCUGCGUUUAUUAUGCUCAAUAGUUUUAUGUCAUAGCUAACACAGCCGUUUGGUGUUAUUAGUUUUUUUUUUAUCCGAAUAGCGGUUUAAGGUAUUUAGUCAAUUAUUAUAAAGCUUAUUUUCGACGGCUUCGUUUGGGAAGCAAUCCACUAUUGUUUUUUGAUUUUCAAAUUGUAAAUGAUAUAUGUGAAAGUACAGUCAGCGUCAACAAUAUAUAUAUACAAUAAUUAAUUGCAUAGUUAUGUGUCCUUUUGCUGUAUAUGACAUGUUUAUUUUAGUUUCGAUUAUGUAUUGAAGUCAAUCUAUUGAUUGUUAAUUGGAAUAUUAUCAAUAUUAUACUGGUUGUUUAACAUAGAUACAUAUAUAUUUGAUGCUGACCGUACAAUUAUUAUGUAAAGUGGAAGUCGAUAUGAAAUUAAAAUUGUGAUAGCUUAUGAUAAUUAUUGCGUUUAUAUCUCAUUGAAGAAGCUGUGAGGUUAUUGUUAAAUUUUUUAAUUAAUUAUUAUUGGUAUUAUAAACGAAGUGUUUGUGAAGUAACGCACAAGUGGUAUGAGAAUACAGGUUUGUGUAUACUAAUAGCUUAUAGCACCUUCAUCUACAGGGUGUUCACUAAAGUAAAUCAUUCUAUCGACGCCUCACAGCCUCAUAAGCUAUCUGCUUGGCAAUGAUCAGUAUUAAAUCAUUAACCAAGUCUCAUUCAACUGCCAAGUAUGUUUAAUUAUAAGUAUAAUUUGCUAUAUCCCAAGGUUAUGUAUAGCGGACCCCUAGUUACUAUUAUAGCUUUCGUUGAAUGCUGCAUUUCUCUUUAUACUUAGUUUAUUUGUGAAACAUUGUGUUCUCAUUUUGUAUGUAAAGCUGGUGUUUCACGUCUUGAAACUCGUAGCGACAAUGUGAAUACUAUACAAUUUAAAUAAAUGAAUUAUAUAAACAUGG